AAUACGCAUGUCGUGUGUUCAUUGAAAAGUUUUGGUGGUCGACGUAUCGGAAUCUCCAAUAUUUUUUUAUAGCUAGCUGUGUGUAUACAGCAUAAUGCAUUAAUAUAGCUUAGAUUUUUGUACUUACAUUUUUAAAAACCGGCACAAUACUUAAGACAAAUUAACAAGGCUACGUUAGUUUAUGGGAAGCUAUCCGCCGCAUCCGUCUAAGCAGUGCCGCAUGUUGCACUGAUACUUAUUUUAAGCGGUUCUUACAAUCGAAUUAAAGAUUGUUGUCUGGCUUGUUUGUAGUGCUGUCGGGAAGAGGAAAGUAACUCAGACCAUGGUUUUCUUUACGUGCAAUGCAUGUGGCGAAUCUCUGAAGAAAGCUCAAGUCGAUAAACAUGUGAACAUGUGCCGUGGUUGCCAAAUGUUAUCAUGCAUAGAUUGCGGGAAAGACUUCUGGGGAGAAGACUACAAGAACCACAUCAAAUGCAUCACUGAGGAUCAGAAGUAUGGAGGCAAAGGCUUUGAGGCCAAGUCAAAUAAAGGGGAAUUUAAACAGCAACAAUGGAUUCAGAGAAUCCAUGAAUCCAUGAAUAAACAAGGAGUCAGCGCCAUGCUGAAAGACGUUCUUAACCAAGUCAGUUCGUAUGACAAUGUUCCACGAAAAAAAGCAAAGUUUCAGAACUGGAUGAAAAAUAGUUUAAAGAUUUACAACCCUACUCUACAUGCCCAAGUGUGGGACAUCUUUUCAGCAACUACCGACAAUCCUCCUGAAGUCCCUAAGAAAACGGAGGAACCAAAGCAUCCUGUGUCCGAAAACAAGGCAGACACCAAUGGAAGUCAACCAACCUACCAAAAUGGAGCACAAGAGGAGCUGGCUCCUGACAAGAAGAAGCUGAACAAGCGAGAGCGCAAGGAGGCAAGACAGAAGAAGAGCGGGAAAAUCAAGAAAGGUCAGGAAAAUGAUGGUUCAAAGGAUCAGCAGGAGGAGGCCAACAAAGGAAAGACCAAGAAAAGAAAGAGAAGCUCUGCGGAGGAGGGUGGAGAGGAGAACGGGUACACUGGAGAACGGAAAUCUACUAAGAAACAGAAGAAAACCAAGGAUAGUUGUGAAGAUAACCAAAACACAGAGGUUGCUGUGGAACCGACAGAGCAAUCUCAGAGUGAAGCAGGUUCUAAAGGUAAAUUCAAUUGGAAGGGAACAAUCAAGGCAGUCCUCAGACAAUCACCACAGGAGGGUCUCUCUGUGAAGAAACUCAGGAAGAAGGUUUUGGCAGCGUACUACGCAUGCAUCGGAGAAAAGAACUUCAAAUCGGAAGAGGAAGUGUGCGCAAUCUUCAACAAGAAGAUUAGUAACAAUCCCAAGUUUCGAGUUUUGAAAGACAAAGUUCGACUUAUCAACUAGUCUGUUCAGUGCCAGAACUUGUCAUAUAUGUAAUGUUUGUAAAGAUAAACCAUCUUUAUUAUGAAAUGCAGGAUGAGUCAAUUAAUUCCAGAGAGAUGAAAACUUUCACACUUGACAAAUAACUAGACAACCUUGCAACUAGACACCUUGCACCUGCUGCUAAUACUACCCGUACCCUGUAUUUGAUAGAACUAGUGCAAUGAAUGAUCCAUGGCUCCAUCGCUCUGCCAAUCGCAGGUUAGCUUAAUUAAGAAUGUGCUUUCUCUCGUCCAUUUCCCUAUUUCACAGUUCGCUGAAUAACCUUGUCAGUUAGCCUGUAAAUGGUAAACUGGCUAUACAAUUCAUUAGUCAUGGGGGUCGCUUGCUAGCAAACAUUAGCUGUUGAAAGCCAGACCAUGUUGUAUAUCUAGGUAGUUUACGCUAGCUUGAUAGAUAUAAAGCUAACCUGUGCUUUUACUUUUCUUGACGGCCUCAUACAACCAGAAACCUAUCCUUGACUCUUUUGCCGCCAUUUUGCUUUUUCAGUUGCUAGUUUCUUUGAAUCUUGUUGCUGUGUUUACAACAAACUAGUACAAUGCCUGAGAUGCAGCUAGUAAUUAAAAUGUUGGUUAGUUUA